AUGGGUAGCUACUCACACCCUGAACAGCUGCCUUACUGGCAAGUCAACAUCGCACCAGAGGACCGCGAGGAUGAAUGUCCAGAAUUCCUGCGUGGUGCCAGCAACAAGGAUGUCCGCAUCAUCGGAACACCCGACGAUGAGUAUCGCGUGCAAACCUGGCCACAGGUGGUGGAUAUCAUUCGUACGGGAAGGCUUGCUGAUUUCCAAAGAUGGCCAUCUGACCUGCGAAAAUAUCGCAAGUACACCUGGCAGCUGAAGCGCGACCACGGAAGUGUCAUGAACUUCAUGUUGAGAAAGAGGCUGCGCUGGAGCGAGCCAGUCACGCCCCUGGGAAGCAAGCUAUUCGAAUGCCAGGAUGACUUCAAAAUUCUGAUGAACGACUGGCCCUAUGGACUCGAUAAACGUAUCGUUCAUCUGGUGGUCUGGACCAAGUUUGACUUGCCUGACGACCACAAAACUGAGGCCGAGAUAGAGGCCUUCGUGGACAAGACUUUCUCGCCCGGUGUGUGCCAAAACAAGCGCAUAUGGUUCAAGAACCCGCCGAGCCUCAAGUCGAUCCAUGCCGUGGAGCACUUUCAUGUCAUGCUGUUCAACCCCGAUCCGGACUUUGUGCAGCGAGUCACUAAAGGUGACAUCCCUCGCUGUCAGAGAGGCAUGCCGACGAGCGAUGAGGGAGAUGAAUAUGAUUCGCCCGGUCGGGUGGGGUGA